UGCAACAUUUUAACUUAUAUCUUUGAACAACAGGCUAAGUUCGUUAGUCGAUGUGAAAAGAUUUUUUAUUACAAACCAACUUAAAAUCUAAGAUGUUGCGAUAUUACGAAACAACAACUUUGUCUAAAGCUGGAUUAAAAUACCAUCCCAAGUACCCAAGCAAGAUAAUCGAGACAGCCAUGGAAUACGCUGGGUACAGCGACGGUAAAAAACUUGAUUUCUUGCUCGAUGUUGGUUGUGGAGCAGGGCAGGCUACAAAACUGUUUUGUCCAUACUUUAAAACCGUUUUGGGAGUCGAUCCAAGUUUAAAGCAACUUGAGACUGCAAAAGAGAAUUGCUGCUUCGAUCACGUUACUUUUACAGAAGGGAUCGCUGAAGAUUUACCCGCUGCUAAUGAGAGUGUUGAUGUGGUUGUAUCGGGAAGCGCAACGCAUUGGUAUAACGUUGAAGCCUUUUUAAAAGAAACUGAAAGAGUCCUUAAACCAGGAGGGACACUGGUUGUUUUAGAUUAUAAUUCUCCCAAAUUUUUGCCGCUUGGUUUAAACACAAAAAAUGCUGAAGAAUUGGGCAAACUUGCUGAUGAUAUCUACGCUAAGUAUCCAGUCGCUGCAAUGCUAAAGGAACCUGGUGUGGCAAACGCUUACCGUAAAACUAGAUAUGAGGAGAUUUUCGAAGCCGUGCCCUUUUUGGAAAAGCGAUAUGAACAUGUACCCGUUUAUUCUUUAUGGUCGCUAGACGAUGCUGUUGGCUAUGUAAAUUCAGUUGGUCCAUACGAGCAGAUAGUGCGGAAAAGAAUGAAUGAUCUGCAGCAUCUACCUGCUCGUGAAAUAGAAGAGAAAUUGCUGGAAUUGGACGAAGCGGAGAAGUUUGUGAGAUUAACGAAGGAAUGUUGGAAUUGCACGGAGAAAAAAAAUUCCGAAGUCAAACUCAAAGCGACUUUCAAGUUUAAUGUCUUGUUAGCAAAGAAAGCACAGACACAAUAAAUAAUUUUUUUUUCAUUUUAACGGGUAUUUAAACGGAUUGACCAAAAAUAAACAAAUUGGCCCAAAA